AUGGACAGCUCUGAGAAGCUGCGCGUUGUGGAGCGGGAGUUCUCAACCUUGGCAGAAGCGCUCGAUAAGGUUAAGGGUCAGGGCAUCUCAUACGAGUGGAAGAUCCCCCACUGUCUUCGGAGGCUUCGCUAUCUCUCGCUGCUUUCGGAACCUGGCCUAUGGCUGGACUCAGACCGUUUCUACCUGGGAGGGCUGGGACCGUUAGAGAUGCGACUGUAUGCAAAAGGACUUCGAGGUGGUGACGGGCAGUGCUCCCUGGCGCUGCGCUUGCCGGCAGAGGCCGCUGCGAAGUUCGCCUUGCCCAUGAUGGUUGACCUCACGGUUGCAGGUAGGACGCUUCGAGCUGGCCAAACUACAGAUCCUGAAGGCUCGGACUGCGUCAUCUGGCUCGCCGAGUCCCUCGGUGUGCUGGAGUCGCAUCUGGUAGACGAGCUCACCGAGUUGUCUCUUGUGGCUGAGUUGCCGCUGCUGCCAGCUCCAGCUAUGCUGGCCAGCCGCACAACUCUGUCGCCUCCAGGAACCAGAGAUGAUUUGCGGCUUCUGGACAUGGCCUCAGAGGAGGCUCUGGGGUCCACAGCGACGCUACCCCCUGCAGCAGCAGUCGCAGCAGUCGCGCCAGUGUCGCGAAGCAGAGAUCUGCGCGGUGUCCCAAUCCACAGCAAUGAAACAGCACCGUCACUGGCCUCACUCCCAACCCUUCUGGGACAGACGGAGCAGCCCAGCGGUGUGUUUGCUCUUCGUAGUUCCUGGGGCUCUUCAUGCGCGCUGCCAGUCACCAAGGUGCAUUGGAGCCAGCACGUCUCAAAGUAUUUCUCCAACUUGGUCAUGACAAAAUGCCACGCGCAGGCCUCCAAUCUCUUCGAGGAGCAGGUGUCGCCGCUGGGUUCCUUGCUGGGCCACGGACAAAGGACGCCAUGCAGCAUUGACGGCAGCGUUCUUCAGCCGGCUGGAGGGUCUUUUGCUAUGGCCAGGAAUCCGGUGGCCAUUCCUGCAGAUGAUGCCAGCAUGGCCGAAAAAGCUGCUGCGCUGCUGUGCUCUGACAGUUGCGGUCCUGGCCCUGGCUUCCCUCCCGAAGAGGCCCCGCUGUCCUGUGACCUGCCUGGAACCUGCCUGCAGCAGCACCGGCGGAAGGACCUUCUCGUUCAAGCCCGCGCCCAUGGUGCCCAUGGCCCGGUGCGUGGCCCGCCAGAGGUUGACAUGGCAGAGGAACCUGCUUUCUUGGACUCCAUCAUGGAGGGAAUGAAAACUUCGGCAAGGGUGCUGGGAGGACUUGCUUUCGUCCUUGUGGCUUUGCUUGGACCUGUUGCGCCAUCAUCCGUGAAGGCUGAAGAAGUGGAGGCAGUCGCUGUUGCAGAGGAUCCGGCUGCGAAGAGGAAGGAGGAAAUGGAAAGGAAAAGGGCCGAGCUCAAGGCCAAGCGAGAAGAGGAGGAGCAGCGACGAAAGGAGAUAGCCGAGAAAAAACAGGCAGAACAGCAAAAAGCACGGGAGGAGGCUGAGGCAAAACGCGCAGAGGCCGAAGCCAAGAAGAAGGCCGAGGCUGAGGCCAG